UGUUAUCAGCGAACUAUAGUUAAAUUUCAUAUCGCUCUUAUUCCCAUAACACCCAACUUCAACACCGAUUACGAAUUGACUCAACUUGAUUUCAAGAUGUUCAUGUCUUUAAUAUCCCAUUUGCUCUGUUCUUGGUUUGCAUUUUUGCUGCCAUGUUAUUCCACUUUCAAGGCCCUAUCCAACCGCCCAGGCACUGAACCUGAUCUCGAAAGGUUGUCGAUGUAUUGGGCAAUCGUUGGUAUUUUCGUCGCAAUUGAGUCCAGUAUCGGAUUGCUAUUGUCUUGGUGAGUUUUCACCCGUCUACAUGCAUGCCACGCUAAAGCCCUUGAACAUCUAUUUAUAGGUUGCCAUUUUAUUGGGAGAUAAGGACCCUUUUUCUGCUUUAUUUAUCUCUCCCACAAACGCAGGGUUCCACUUACGUCUACAAGUCAUUCCUUGAGCCAUUCUGUGUCAAAAACGAAGUGGAUCUGGACGCUGGCAUUGACU